AUGAUUGCACCUCCGCAUUAUCGAGAUCUCGUUCUCCAGCAUCGACUCUUUUCCUUUCAGUCGGGCCUUCUCGAUUACCUUGAUGGCAUAUGCAUGCCCCGAGUCUCUUCGGUGACAAAGGCGGACCACAGCAAAGUUCCCGUCUCCCAAAAACUUGCCGACCUCGUAGAGUUCGUGAAUCGUGUGAGAAUCUGCAGUCGGAAAAGAGCCUCUUUAAACGGCACUGAUUCCAUUUUAAACUGA